AAAGAGUGAGAUAAAAGAUAAAGAUACUAGAAAAAAUUUUGAAUUCCAACUUUAUAAGUUUAAUUUCAAUCAUUUUGAUCCCCAUUUUCUUAAUAUAGUUUAUUUAAACAUGAUAUUAAAUCGGUGAGGAAUGUUUUAACGUAAUAGUCAAUCAGAUAGUCACCUAAUAUUCUACAAUGGCAGACGAAAAUGAACCGCAAGCGAGAAAUAUAUCUCUUGAGAAUAGAGAACGUACUCGCCGGCAAUCCGCUCCACAGCAUAGAGCUAAUCCUGAUCCGCAGUACGAUGAAGAAAUCGACUUGAAGUACGGAGCUGAACAUGUCAUCAGACUCUUUGUUCCUGUUUCAUUAUGUAUGCUAGUCGUCGUUGCCACGAUAAGCAAUGUAACUUUUUAUACUGUCAAAGAUAUUUAUCUAGUUUAUACGCCAUUCCAUGAAACCAGUCGGGAAACGUUCACUAUACUUUGGAAUGCUGUCGCCAAUUCGUUAAUUUUAAUUAGUGUUGUGAUCAUCAUGACCAUGGUGCUUAUUGCAUUGUAUAAAUACAGAUUUUACAAAGUGAUAAAUGCCUGGCUGAUAUUUUCAACUCUCAUGCUCAUGUUUUUAUUCGCGUACUUAUUUUUCGAAGAAGUUUUAAGAGCUUAUAAUGUUCCAAUGGAUAUUUUCACUAUAUUAUUGUUUAAUUGGAAUUUCGGUGUGGCUGGUAUGGUUUGCAUACAUUGGAAAGGACCUUUGAGGCUUCAGCAAGCUUAUUUAAUAUUUAUAGCUGCGUUAAUGGCGUUGAUAUUCAUUAAAUAUUUGCCUGAAUGGACUACGUGGGCUGUUUUAUUCUGUAUAUCGAUUUGGGAUUUAGUAGCUGUCUUAACACCUCAAGGUCCGCUAAGGAUACUCGUUGAAACUGCCCAAGAACGAAAUGAGUCGAUUUUCCCAUCGUUGAUUUAUUCCGCUGUCGCUUACGGAGCCAUAACAACGACCGAUGAAGAUCACAACGAAGCCGAACCAGUUGAAAGUAGUUCUAGUCCAUCUACCGUCGAAAUGAAAAUAUUUUCAGUCGGAGCCUACGAUAGCGAACACGGUGAAUCGAGCCAGCAAAGUGAUAAUAUUCAACCCGUCACUGUUCCAUCUCCGAAUCCCAGAACCCCCAGGAGUCGUAAUCAACAAGCGGCCAGUCCAUCAGGGCAGCGUCGAAGGCGACCUACGACAACCCAGCAACCGCAGCCGAAUCCCAACGAUGAUAGUGUGAAAUUGGGUCUCGGUGAUUUCAUUUUUUACAGCGUCUUGGUUGGCAAAGCUUCUUCGUACGGAGAUUGGAAUACGACGUUGGCCUGCUUUGUUGCAAUUUUAAUCGGAUUGUGCCUGACCUUACUCUUAUUGGCGGCGUUUAGGAAAGCUUUACCAGCACUACCCAUCUCGAUCGCGUUUGGAUUGGUAUUCUAUUUCUUCACGAGAGGUGUCGUUCAACCGUUCGCAGAUUUGUUGUCAAAAAAUCAAAUAUUUAUAUGAGAAAGUAAUUUUAACCCGAUUAAAAAUGAUCAUCGUGUAUUUUAACAUUUCCUUUUAAAAUAAUACGUACCUACCUAUGUAGUAAUUAAAGUUUUAUACAUUUUUUUCUCCGCAUACUUUCAUGUAAUUUUUAAUUUAGUAAUUUUAUUUGUCAUUUUUAACUUUUUAAUUUUUUUAAUGAAAUAUAUUCCGUGCUUUUUUACCUAUUUAA